AUGCUUGAUCUCCUAAAUCAAACGGAUGCGACGAUAUUUAGAGUUCUUUGCGAACCUUGCUUAAUGGCAGCAAUUCGCAACUCAUGUCCUCAAUUCGUAAAAUUUAUAACAAGCAAAGAGAAUAUGGCUAUUCUAAUGGAUAUAGUCCUCACGAAUAAAUAUUGUCAACUUGAAAAUUACAAUCAAAUUCUUAAAUCAGCGCUGAUUCUUUUAACAUCUCAAACUACGGGCGUUAUGUCUCCAAUUAUGAUGAAUAUGGUAUAUAUGUCAAAGAUUUUCGAAUUUGUAAAUUUGUCCGAGGUGAGAGACCCCCAGAUAUCUGGUAAUUUUCUUAAAAUUGUUUUAUCAAUGGCGAAAUAUACUCGUGGAGAAUUUCUGCGAGAUAUACCAGAUUUCGAAAAUUGGCUUAUUAACAAUUGUUACACGUUCGCUCAAAAAGAACUCCUUUCUUCAAUUUUAAUCGAAUAUCCGAGAUUUAUUAACAUAAAUACAGAAUUUGCGAUGAAACUGGCUAUAGCAAUUCGUGACCAGAAAGAAUCGUUCGUUGGCUGCGCAGUUAUGAACGUAUUUAAAAAUUCUCCAGAUUUUAUUUUAAAUUUCCAAAACGAUCAGGUCGUAGAAGUACUUUUCGAAAUACUUAAUGACAAAACCACGAAGUUGUACAAAAUAAUAACGACUUUUAUGCUGUUAUAUCACAUAAAUUUAUUCGAUUACCAAAUUCCCAUCGAAAUGAUUGAAAAAUAUUCUAAAAUAUUCCUGGAAAAUUACGAGUAUACUGACUGCAUUCUCAGCUACGCAUUGUUAAUUUUAAGAACAAAAGAUGAAAAUAUCUUGUCAAAAAUCUUUGAUCCAGCUAUAGGAUCACGUCUGAAAAUGUCCAUAUUCAAACAGUUCGAUUACAUGAGCAACGAUGAACUCUACGACUAUAUUUGCCAAUCUCAGCUCAAUUUACGGAUUCUAGAGCUCGCCCAGAACAAACGCCGCGAUGUUUCGAUUACUCUAUUUAAAAACCUUAUCCACAGCCGCGGAAUUUUCAUUGAAGGCUGGAAUGAAGGUUUACAAGAUUUAGGAUUACAACUUGACUUAUACGAUACAGAAUAUGGUGGAGAAUUAUCUCCUCCGCUUGAAGUCAAUUAUUCUUUACUCGCUUCUGACAAAAUCAUAACUUUGUGA